AAAAUCAUUUGUAUUCCGCAGCAAAUUCCACCUCCAAAACAACAAACUCCAGUUGCAACUCCCGAGAAACCAAAACGACCAAAAUCCCUUCGUUUGGUCAGCUACCAAGACGAUACAAUUGUAUCCGACGAAGAUGAAGAAACUGAAAGCGAAGAUGGUGAUGAAGUCACUUUAGGAGAUAAGAAAAAUGAGGAUAAAACAACUCCAACAAAUGAUUCAAUGAAAAUGGAUGUUGACCAAGAAGAAUCCUCGGCAGGAAAGUCUCCAAAAAAAGACACAAAAGUCGAUAAAUACGCUCACUAUGGAUUCUCUUUGCCGCCAGAGCCAAAAGGCAAACCAACUCCCGAAUUGACUGAAAAGAUAAGACAUCUCUAUGAAAAAAUGGAAGACAGUAAUAUGGACAUGAAUCGAAUAAUACAGGAAAGAAAAGACUUCCGUAAUCCAAGUAUUUACGAGAAACUUAUUUCAUUUUGUGACAUUAAUGAAUUUGGAACAAAUUAUCCUCCCGAAAUGUAUGAUCCAUUGCAAUGGGGACAAGAGAGUUUCUAUGAGGAAUUGGCUAAAGCUCAGAAGAUUGAAAUGGCCAAAAGACAAAAAGAAAAGAAAGAUAGUGAUAAAAUUGAACAAGCUACAGCAGCAGCAAGAAAAGUCGAAGAAGAAGCUAAAAAAAGGAAAUCUAAAUGGGAUCAACCAGCUCCAGUUAAGACAGCACCACCAGCAUUGACAACAACAGUUACAGGAACUAAAGGAACUGUUAUAUCGGCUUUUGGUUCACUUCCGAAGAAAGCUAACGUUUAGAUAUUAAGAAAAAUACAAAUGAAA